GCCAGCGAUCGAGACGCGUGCGAGCAGCCAAUGAACUGCUCCAGUGAUUCAAAGUUCAGUUUUACAAAUCAAAAUUCAUAGAACACGAUCGUGUUGAUCCUCCUAGUGCGACAAAAUUGUGAUUCCUCCAGCUAAUAUGGAUAAACUAAAGUACAGCAAAUGCCCAUUGAAAAAGCGACCCAUACAGGUCGAGGAAGAGCCGGCGCUCGAGGAUCAGUUGUGUCAUGAUGAGGGACCCGUUGAUCUCAGCGUGGCUGCCGCCUCAGUGCCCUUGGAGCCGCCGCAGUGGUCCGUUAAGGCGGAGCCCGAGCCACAGCCCGUGACCACGGAGCUGCGUCGCCGCUUCGAUGCGGCCAUGACACAGACCAAGGAGCAACUGGCGCGUCGCAUUUGGGAGGAGACACGCGAAAUAGCGCGCGCCUUUCCCGAUGUCUUCACACGCGAGGAGAUCGCCAAGAGCCUGGCGCGCCUGGGCUACGGCGACUUUGAGCUGCCGCCCGAGGACGAGGUCAUGGAGCCGGAGAAUGAGCGCGACGCCGAAAUGGCUGCCAGCUAUGCCAGCAUAUCGCCGCCAUUGCCGUUGCCAGUGGCUGGUUUCGUCAAGGCGGAGCAGCAGGAGGAGGAGCCGUUCGGUCUGCGCAACUACAACAACAACUUGCUGAAGAGCAUUGCCGACUAUGAGGAUUGCAUGAAGCUGCCACAGCAGGAGCAGCAGCCGCCGCAGCAGCAGCAGCCGCAGCCACAGCCGCUGCCGGCAGAGCCGCAGGACUUGAGCGUGCGACCCGAGCAGCAGCGUCGCGGCUUAACGGAGAAUGUCAAUCUGCACAACGUGGCGCGUGCGCUGCUCAGCAUGCAACACAUGGCGCCACAUCAGCAUCAACAGUUGCAGCAACAUCAACAACAUCAGCAGCAGCAGCAGCAGCAGCAAAGCUUCAAGACUAAUCCGAAGCACGUGCCGUCACAUCCGCUCGAGCAGGAUGAUGACUUGGAGAACCAGGAGAACAACGAGCAUCAGCUGAACAUGAAAAUCAAGAGCAGCAACGAUCUGUACUACCAGUGCCAGCAGUGCAACAAAUGCUAUGCCACCUACGCGGGCCUCGUCAAGCACCAGCAGAGCCACGCCUACGAGAGCACCGAGUACAAGAUCAUACGGAGCAAUCCGAGCGGUGGUCCCAUUGUGGACCAGACCGAGUUCUGCACCGAUCAGGCAUCGGCGCUCAUACAGGCGGCGAAUGCCGCCUCCGCGCAGUCCAUGCAGAAGCCGGUGGGCGUGCCGCGCUAUCACUGCAAGGACUGCGGCAAGUCGUACUCGACCUACUCGGGCCUCAGCAAGCACCAGCAGUUCCACUGCCCCUCGGCGGAGGGCAACCAGGUGAAGAAGGUGUUCAGCUGCAAGAACUGCGACAAGACGUACGUCUCGCUGGGCGCCCUCAAGAUGCACAUCCGCACCCACACGCUGCCCUGCAAGUGCCCCAUCUGCGGCAAGGCCUUCUCCCGCCCCUGGCUGCUGCAGGGCCACAUCCGCACCCACACGGGCGAGAAGCCCUUCAGCUGCCAGCACUGCAAUCGCGCCUUUGCCGACCGCUCCAAUCUGCGAGCGCACAUGCAGACGCACUCGGACGUGAAGAAGUACUCCUGCCCCAGCUGCACCAAGUCCUUCUCCCGCAUGUCCCUGCUGGCCAAGCACUUGCAGAGCGGCUGCCAGUCGGAGCAGGGUGGCCCCGGCCCCGGCCACGGACCCGGCGCAGCGGGCUUCAAUCAGCACCAGCUGCAGCAGCAUCUGCAGGGCUACGAGGAGUCCGCGCACCAGCUCUACUAUGCGGGCAGCGCGGGCAGCAGCGGGGGCGAGGGCGAGGAGGACGAUUCGCACGAAUUUCAAAUGCCCACACAGCUCAGACAGGGCAUAUACUAAGCACGAUCUAUAUAUACAUACAUAUCUAUCAAUAUUUAUAAUUAACCAUAUUUCAGUUUAAUUAGUCACAUCUCGAAUUGUAGCCAAAGCAGGUAAAGAAGUCAGGAAAUCAGUGCCAAAAAUUAGUCUGGGCAAUUUUAUUGCCCAUUAGGAACAGUUCUAGUGUAGACAAAGCAGAUCACAUCCAAAAUGUUUAUAGA